AUGAAAUUACCAAGUAUUAAUAAACCCACCUCAGCAUAAUCAGCAAAUCGACAAUUACCUCCAAGGUAGAGUAAUAAUGCAAUAAGCAAUUUAGAAAAGAAUCUAUUCAAUAAACUCAACGAAUAUGAUGAUUUAAACAAAAUUGAUACUAAAAAAGCUUAGGUCAAUGAGGUGAAGUCUAAUAAGAAAAUCGAUAAUUCUCAUGAUGACAUUGACUCUUUGGCGAAGAGAGCAAAUACUUUGAAAAAUUAUAGUCAAACUGAGAAGAUCAAAGAUUUGAAAUCAUCUUAAUUAAAACAACAAAAACAACAACAAGACACUGUGUUUCUGACUCAUAAUUAACAAGUCAAAUCGGAAGAAUCGAAUAAUGAUCAAGAUGAGGAUGACAGUAAUAGUGAUAGCAGCAUCGAGGAUUUAUUAUAGAGGAGUAGGGCAUUGGAUAAAUAGAAAAAAGUUAUGCUAAAUUUUGAAGAUGACAGCGAGGUUGGUUAAUUGAAUAAGAUGCUAUUUUAAACUGAUAUCGAUUUAGACGAGUAGUUUUAGAGCAUGUGCAUUUUGAAGAAAACUAUAUCGCAGAUGCAAGACUCCAUGAAAUCUUUGGGAUAUGGGAUUAAUGAGAAGUUGAUGGAUGGAUUGAAUUAAUAAUAUGAGGAAAUGAUUAAGCUGCAAAGGGAAUCCUAAGCAAUCGAAGAGUAUUAAAUGAAAGAGAGCAACUCAAAAAAUAAAAUGCCUGCUUUACGUUCAAAUAGCGUCAAUUAAUCAAAAAAAUUGAAAAAAUGACAUAGAUUUAAAUAUCUUUUGUAUUUAUGAUAAUGGAUGAUCUAUCUAAUA